AUGGAGCCAAGUGAACACGACAGGGUACCCGACACGACCGUCGCACUCCAGUCCAACGAACCACUGACAUGGCGUGCUGGCAAACCUAUCGCGGUCAGCGACCUUUUGCGCCGACUGAAAGCACUAUACGACGAGCUGCAGCCCCUGGAUCAAGGCGACGCGCAGAGGGCGUCCCUUGUGCCAAAGGCGCAGGAGCUUGCCAAUGUGCAAUUAAUCGGCCACAAAGAUAGAGGGGUCAAGGCGUGGUCACUUCUGUGUAUCGUUGAGAUGUUCAGGCUCCUUGCGCCCGAUGCGCCCUACAAGAGCGGACAGCUCAAGCAGAUAUUUGACCUCUUCGUCUCCACUGUGGUUCCGUCUCUGGCCAGUCCCACGGACCCUUAUAGGCCGCAGUAUAUCGGCAUCUUGACAUCUCUUACGACAGUUAAGAGUAUUGUGUUGCUUACGGACAUUCCGGGCUCUGACACAUUGGUAAUGAAACUGUUUGCGAAUGGUUUCGAUGUCGUAUCUGGCAACGUAAGGGGCAGCCAAGGGGAGCGCUCAAGCAAGAACGUUGAAUAUCACUUGACACAGCUGCUGACCACCCUGAUGGAAGAAUGCGCAACGCUGCCGGACGGUGUUAUAGACGUUGUACUAGCCCAGUUCCUGAGAGCGGACCCAAACACGGUUUUUAACGUAGGGAAGAGGAGCGACGACCAACAAAGCGAUACAGUGCGGGAGACUCCGCCAGCCUACAAUAUGGCACGCUCAUUAUGCAGUUCUUGCGCAGACCGUAUGAGCGCAGCCAUUGGCCAGUACUUCAGCUCCGUGCUUAUUGACACGUCUGAAAGGUUCUCAUCAUCUAAAGUCAGCACUCACCGAGGAAAGAAGCGGACUCACGACGAGAGCGAAGAGGACGACGACGACUUGCAAAGCGCACCCAACGAGAAAGGCAUUCACGAAAUUGAGAAGGCACACCGGCUAUUGCGCGAACUGUGGCGCUCCUCGCCGGAUGUAGUCGAAAGUGUCGUGCCUCAAAUUGAGGCUGAAAUAGAGGCAGAGAACCAACAGCUCCGGGUGCUCGCCGUGCAGACCAUUGGUGAUAUGGUCGCUGGUAUUGGUGCAGCAGGCCCGCCUCCACCGGUAGAGCUUGACCCUGCCGCUUAUCCAUCGCAAAGUCUGGAAAUGCGACUACUGUCUUCGCAAUCUAACGACUCCAUGCUUACUCCAGCAGCUCCGCAUGCGUUCUCAUCCGUCUACCCGAAUGCGUACCAGGCUUUUGUCGACCGCCACCGGGACAAGUCCGCACAAGUCCGGAGCGUCUGGGCACUUGCGGCCGGUCGGAUUAUCGCGACAUCUGCCGGUGGGAAAGGCCUGAACGGCGAUCAGGAAGGUCAAAUGCUACGCUACCUCGCUGAUCUACUGGUCGACCAAGAUGAAAAGGUGCGUUUGGCCGCUGUGCAAGCUUUGGCGCUCUUUGAUUUCAACACCAUGCUGCAAAAGCUGGGCAAGAAUGGGACCCAGACCACGGCAAAUCCAAUGCUGAGCAACCUGACCGAUCGAAUCAAAGAUCCGAAACAGACUGUUCGAGCGGCGGCAAUACAUCUCUUGGGUCGGCUUUGGGGCGUUGCAGAGGGCGCUAUAGCUGAAGGCAGUGAGCGUGUUCGAAAUGUCUUUGGUCAAAUACCUACGCGAUUGUUCAUGGCAAUGUACGUCAACGAUGCCAGCAUCAACGAUUCUGUGACUCGCACAGUGCACGAGUCUCUGCUGCCUGUCGCAUACCCGCUUGUCAAAACAAAGCCGGCCAUCAAUGGCAACCUCCGACGUGGUGUCGGCGAUGCCGCAUCCGAGAUUCGUGAGGCAGAUGCGGACACUCUCCGUGCUGAGCGAAUACUCAUCAUGGUGCGGGACCUGGAUGAAAAGGCCAAGAAGGUGUUCACUAGCAUGCAGCAGCAGCGAAUGGGUAAAGCGAAGUACCUCGAAAAGUACCUCAAGGCUUGCGCCGCUGCGGAUGACCACAACGCUGACACCGAUACGGAAAUGAAAGCAAAGAAAGAGCUCGAUAUCAUGAUACCUGCCGUCGCGAAGCUCGUACCCAGGUUGCCAGAGGCCACUGAGCACCUUAAGAGGUUUGCAGCGCACAACGACAAGCGCAGCUACCAGCUCAUCCGCUUCUGCUACUCUCCGGACAGUGACUAUCGCAAGAUCAUCAAGGCUACAAAAGAGCUCACGAGGAGACUCGAGGAAGCCCCAACCGGUGUCGCUGCAGUACUCGAAUCACUGCUACCACUGGUUCGCUCUGCCUCGAAUUUGGUGUACAACCGCAGCCAUGUUCCGGCGAUCAUGGACUUUGCACGUACGGACGAGAAGGGUUUGAGUGCUGCUGCACACGAACUUCUGAAAGACAUCUCGAACAUUGCUCCGGAUGUCUUUAAGGUGCACCUACAGGAGUUGUGCGAUAGCUUGCGGAAGCGCGCACCGACUCCCAAUAUACCCAGUAUUUCUACUGCUGUUGAUGAGCUAAAGGCAUGCGCUGGCUUUGCUCGGCGUUUUCCCGAGGAGAUGCCUAAAAACCGAGAAUUCUAUCAAGCGAUGAGUGCAUUUGCUAAGCACGGCACACCACCCCAGGCGGCCAAACACGCGAUCACAGUCAUCGUCGCUGCUGCUGACAAAUGUGAUAUGUAUGUCAGAGAUAUACUGAAGUAUUGCCUCACGAACUUCGAAUAUGGCGCAGAAUGCUUUCUAUCGAAGCUAGCGGCGCUGAGCCAGCUUCGGCUUGUCGCAAAUGCAGAGACUGAUGAACAGUCCGACGAAAUCAUGGCUGUGGCUGUAACGAAGAUUCUUGGGAAUGUUCGAACCAAGGAUCAUGAUAAAGCGGCUGAAUGGCGAAAUGAGAUUGACGACGAUCUAAGCGGAAAGCUAUGGGCGCUGAAGAUCCUGGUCAAUGGUCUGCGUGGCAUGAGGACAGACAUUGACGCAGAAGAGGCGCAGGAAGCUAUCGUUCCGGUUGCCACUAACGUCUACAAGCUGCUCAAUACGCUCAUUCAGCAUGAAGGAGAGCUUUCAAAAGACACGGCGACCGUGAAGUACCAUCGAGCCCAUUUGCGUCUUGCAGCAGCGAACCAACUCUUGAAGCUCUCGUGCAACCGCCUGUUCGACACACAGUUGACGCCCAAUGACUUUAACCGCCUCGCCCGGAUGGCGCAAGAUCCGCUGCCGGAGGUGAGAGAAGGGUUCGCAAGGACUCUGAAAAAGUAUCUCGGGCAAGGCAAGCUACCUCACCGGUUCUACGCCAUUGUCUUUGUGUUUGCUUUCGAGCCAUUGAAAGCCGUAAAAGACUCGACCACCACGUGGCUCAAGGCCCGCGCGGCUGUCUUCACGAAGUCGAACAGUACGGUCAUGGAGACGGUGUUUUCGCGACUCUUAAGCCUUCUGGCACAUCACCCGGACUUCAGUACGAAUCCAGAAGAUCUCGAGGAUGUCGUUGGCUACAUCAUGUUCUAUCUGAAGACUGUGGCCACCGAGGCGAAUCUUCCACUAAUCUAUCACAUUGCACAACGGCUGAAGUCUGUCCAAGAUGGCAUUGACCCAGACGUAAGCGACAAUCUGUAUGUCAUGUCCGACCUUGCAGAGGCCGUCAUCAGAAACUACCAGGAUCACUGCGGGUGGGCAAUGAUGCAGUACCCGGAGAAGGUUCGUCUGCCUACGGGGAUAUUCGCGCAGCUACACAGCCACACUAUGGCGCAAAACAUUGCCGAGAAGCGCUACAUUACCGAGAAAUUUGCUGAGCGCAUUGAGGACCUUGUGAAGUCAAACCUGAGGAGCAAGAAGCGCAAGUCUGACGACACGAUGCAGCAACCGGCCAAGAGGUCAAGAGCUGCAACCAACGACCCUGAGCAGGCGCUUGCCGGAGCUAAGAAGCGUCUACCACUGCGCAAAGCGCCAAAGACUGCCAAGACACCGAAGAAGACCACCGUCGCCGGUGCGACUCUGUCUACGGACCGCAGGAAGAGCGCUCGUGCGUCGAAGGUCAGUACGUAUGCGGAGGAGAGCGACAGCGACAUGGACGAGGACAUGGAAAGGUGGCAGGAUGACGAAGAAGAGCAAGUGUCCUCCGAAGACAAGGACAUCAUGGAUGUCCUGUCGGACAGUGACGAUCAGCUCUCGGAACCACCGAGCGACGUGGAGGCUUGA